AUGGCGGACUCGCUCGGGUCCGAGAAGAGCGGGGGCGGCAGCAGGCAGAGGUUCGGGGACACCGACCAGCUGCGAGAGGUCCUGAGUCGGCACGUGUCCAAGCCGUCGUGGAUUAAGUACGGCACGAAGCCGGGCUCGGACAAGUGCCAGCAUACCAUUCUAGACAACGCAGACCUGCUGAAGGACUUGGAAUCGCUGAGCCCCAACCUGAGCUUCAACCAGGAGCCGGCCAAGAGGGCGCUGGAGGCGGUGGCCAGAGACAAGUUCACCGCCAUGAGCUCGGAGGCCAUCGAGAGUUGGUCCGAGGAGCACGUGAAGAGGUUUCAGGGUGUAAACCAGGAUGAGGACGAGGUGGGGGAGGGAUAG